AUGGCUGACGCCCACAACCCGCCCCUCAACUAUGAAGCCUCCAACACCACCACCAACCCACUCGUUGCCACGACCUUACCUCCGGAAGUGUCGCAAUGCCUCAAGAAUGCCCGUUUCCUGCAUCUGGCGACAAUUGGCUUGAGCCAGUCCGGCACGCCAACACCCCAUGUGUCCCUGAUGAACUACACUUUCCUGCCUUCAUACGACCACCACGGCCCCGUCAUUAUCAUGACCACAAAUGCAAAGUCCAUGAAGACACAGAACCUGAUGCACAACCCAAAAGUAUCCAUCCUGGUGCACGACUGGGUAUCCCACAGGCCGCCGACAGCAACCUCUGUGGGUGGUGAGCAACGAGCCGGCUCUCCGCCCGCUGCCGCGGCUCGCUCGUCUCUUGCCGCUCUCCUUCUGAACCUGAACACGUCUGCCCUCAGCUCAAUAUCAACCACGAUAGCAGGAGAAGCAAGGUUCCUGGAACAAGGCAGUGAAGAGGAAAAGUGGUGCAAGGAGGCACACCUGGCGAAUAACACGUUCGGAGGUCAAGUCACGCAAGAGGCAGGGUUUUUCGGCGGACAAUCAGAAAAUGCCGAUGCGGAGAACAGUAGCUGCUAUAUUGAAGGAGACGAUGUGAGGGUGGUUCUUGUUCCCGUGCGGGAAGGGAGGUUAGCGGACUGGAAGGGAGGUGUCAAAGACUGGGUUUUGGUCGAUGAAGAUGCUCCACCAAGUAAUACCGGAGACUCUGCCACAGGAGAGAGAGGCAGGAGUAAUGGUCAGCCAUUGGUCAACGGCAUCAGAGAUUGA